AUGUCCACACAAGCCCCCUCCUCCUCCUCCCAACUCAUAAUCCCGCAAACCGCAGCAGCAGGCGGCAUAACCAUAACCCAACCCCCGCAAUCCGCCACAUCAUUCUACAAAAUCGCCCCCUCAAACCUCAUAACCUUCGCCUGGAACAUGACCUCCGUCCUCGCCACCCCAACACACCUCACCGUCUCAGCCGUAUGCGAUAACGGGAACACGUAUCCUGUGGGACCGACGGAUGGGAUUAUCCCGGGGACGGCGAGUAGUGUUGUUUGGGAUGUUUAUUCGUAUCAGCAGGCGCACCCGAAUACGCCGCUGGCGCAGGCGACGUAUACGUUGAAUAUUUGGGAUGAGAGGGGCCCUGGGGCGGCGAGACGCGCGGGGUAUUUACAGCCGAAUAGUGCGUUGCAGUUUGCGUUGUAUACGCCUCAGGCGUAUACCCCGCUGGCGAGUGGAUGGACGUGUACGGGGUGUAGUGGUGCGAUGGCGCUUGCUGCGCAUCCGGCGUUUAUAGGUGUAUUGGUGUCCUUCCUUAUCCUUUUUCUCUCGGGCUUCCACCUCAUUCGCUCGACGAAUAACCGGUAG